GCCGCGGCUGCGGCGCGGGGCCGGCGCAGCGCCCUCCCCUCGGCGGCUCGGGCCGGGCCGGGCGAGGCGGAGCGGGAGCGGGGGAGCGCGGAAGAGGAGAGGAGAGGAGAGCAGAGGAGAGGAGGCGGCCGGAGCGGGGGAGCGCGGAAGAGAGGAGAGGAGGCGGCCGGAGCGGGGGAGCGCGGCAGGAGGAGAGGAGGCAGGAGCGCGGCAGGAGGGAGCGCGCAAGGCGGCGGCGCGGAGGGAGGGAGGCAGCGAGGCGCCCGGCGCCCUGCUCCGCGCACGGCGGGGCGCAGCCAGCCGCCCCCCAGCCCCGCGCCCGGCCGCACCAUGAAGGCGGCCGUGGACCUCAAGCCCACGCUCACCAUCAUCAAGACGGAGAAGGUGGACAUCGAGCUCUUCCCCUCCCCCGAUAUGGAAUGUGCGGACGUGCCUUUGUUAACCCCCAGCAGCAAAGAAAUGAUGUCUCAGGCGUUGAAGGCCACCUUCAGUGGCUUCGCAAAAGAGCAGCAGCGGCUGGGAAUCCCCAAAGAUCCCCAGCAGUGGACGGAGACGCACGUGCGGGACUGGGUGAUGUGGGCGGUGAACGAGUUUAGCCUCAAGGGUGUGGAUUUCCAGAAGUUCUGCAUGAACGGAGCUGCCCUCUGCGCCCUGGGCAAGGAGUGCUUCCUGGAGCUAGCGCCCGACUUUGUGGGAGAUAUCCUCUGGGAACACUUGGAGAUCCUGCAGAAAGAAGAGGUGAAACCGUACCCAGCAAAUGGAGUGAAUGCAGCAUAUCCAGAAUCCCGCUAUACUUCAGACUACUUCAUUAGUUAUGGCAUCGAGCACGCGCAGUGCGUGCCUCCCUCAGAGUUCUCCGAGCCCAGCUUCAUCACCGAGUCCUACCAGACCCUCCAUCCCAUCAGCUCCGAGGAGCUCCUGUCCCUCAAGUACGAGAACGACUAUCCCUCGGUCAUCCUGCGGGACCCUGUGCAGACGGACUCCCUGCAGACAGACUACUUCACGAUCAAGCAAGAAGUGGUCACGCCAGAUAACAUGUGCAUGGGCCGUGCCAGCCGAGGUAAGCUGGGCGGCCAGGACUCCUUUGAGAGCAUAGAGAGCUACGACAGCUGCGACCGCCUGACGCAGUCCUGGAGCAGCCAGUCCUCCUUCCAGAGCCUCCAGCGCGUCCCCUCCUACGACAGCUUUGACUCGGAGGACUACCCCGCCGCCUUGCCCAACCACAAGCCCAAGGGCACCUUCAAGGACUAUGUUCGCGAUCGGGCCGAUAUGAACAAGGACAAGCCCGUCAUUCCUGCUGCUGCCCUGGCUGGCUACACAGGCAGCGGCCCCAUCCAGCUGUGGCAAUUCCUGCUGGAACUGCUCACCGACAAGUCCUGUCAAUCCUUCAUCAGCUGGACGGGCGAUGGCUGGGAAUUCAAGCUUUCCGACCCGGAUGAGGUGGCCCGGCGGUGGGGCAAGCGGAAAAACAAGCCCAAGAUGAACUACGAGAAGCUGAGCCGCGGCCUGCGCUACUACUACGACAAGAACAUCAUCCACAAGACGGCCGGGAAGCGCUACGUCUACCGCUUCGUCUGCGACCUGCAGAGCCUGCUGGGCUACACGCCCGAGGAGCUCCACGCCAUGCUGGACGUCAAGCCCGACGCCGACGAGUGAAGCCGGCCCACCGGCGCCUCGCGUCGCUCCGGAGAGUCGGCGGGACUUUUUUUAUUUUUUUGGGCCAUUUGUUUUCCUUUUCUUUUUUUUUUUCAAUUUUUUUAAAGAGCAACUCAGAUUUGAUGCUUUGAGGAUGUUGGGAGAGAGGGUGGCGGAAGAGUCAAUGCUUUUGCCUGGAACCAAAAACCUUUGGUUCGGAGAGAGAUGGGCUUUUGAUUUUUUUUUUUUUUUUUCUGGAAAGCUCCGAGACAGGCUUUUUUUGGGAUGAAAUUCUGAGUUUUAAGGAAGCCAGAAAAAUGUAGCUCACUUUAAAAAACAAACAGAAAAAAAACCCCAACCCCUCCGCAUCCCUUGCUGUAUAGAACAAAUAUUAAGAAACGGAUCCCUUCGGUUAUCGUGUUUUUAGCACAACAAACUGACAGUUCAGGAAAUGGCAAUAUUCCUAGGGAUUUGAGGAUUUUAAACUUUUUUGGGGGGGGAGGGAUAGGGAAAACAAAAGUGAGUGAAACUUCCUGUUUUGGGGAGGGGCAAUAGAGAAAACGAAGAACCGUUUGUCCUUCUUGUUACGUUGCCUUUCUGUCCAUGGUCUUCUUUUCUACAAAAGACAGAAUUUUUUGCUAGGAGGGAUCAAGACUUUUUUUUUUGUUUUUAAUUUGUUAAAAUUUUAUUUUAUUAAAUUUUGUGCCAGUAUUUUUUUUUUAAAUAGUCUUAAGCUCUAAGAUGGUCUCAGUAUUGCAAUAUUGUGUGUGUUCGUUUCUGUUAUGCCAGCAGAGAGUUUUAUCACAGCGAGGAAAGGAAAAAAAAAAUCAGUUUAUGUAGACCCCACCGGAGAAGCGUAGCGCUGUGGCUCACGAUCUCUGAAUCGUAUGUGAAGGAAAAUUAAUCCCAAAGCGCCUAUAGGGAUGCUGGCUGGGUGUGCCGCUCUUGCUCGGAGUCCCGCGUGCUUUGCUCUGUCGUUUGCUGAUAAAGCUGGAAAUUUCUGAGAGCGCUUUUUUUUGUUGUUGCUGUUGUUAAAAAUAGGUCUUUUUUUUUUCCCUGACAUCUGCGUUUUGUGCACAAAACGGCUUUCCAAAAUGUGUCAGGAGGCGCGUUGAACAUGUCAUUCACAUUUUCCAAAUAGGAUUUUUUUUCUUUUUUUUUUUUUUGGAAAGGAACGCCUUGGUGCUUUGGAGAACUUUUUCUGAGGGGCGAGGGAGGAAAAGGGAGGAAUUUCCACAUUUUUUCUUGCAAACGGGGCUCCCUCCGUCCGCGAACCCUUGGCGGGAGCAGCUUGAGGAGGAGAAGGAGGAGGAGGAGGAGGAGCGGGCACCCCCCCGACACCAGAUCCAUGCGGAUCGGCCUGGGGGAUCGGGGCUUUGCACCCCGAGACCAUCUGGGUGUUUUAUUUCUCAAGUCAGUAUUAUGCAUUUGAGCCAAAAGUACCUUUUUUCGGGGGGGAACAAGGCGGCCAAGGACGAGCUCCGGCCGCGGGUGAUGGGAGCAGGCAGCGUUUCGGGGGGAGGAAGUUGUGUUUUGGGACCCCCGGGCUGGGCUUCGCGUGAUCCCGCCGGGCGCAGGAAUGGACAGGGCGGGAUGGACGGGAAGGCAGGGAAAGAGGAUAGCAGGAAGGAGAACGGAGCGUGCACCAAAGGGAAAAAAAAGGGAAGCUGCCCCCGGGGAGGUGAAAUCGCCCCCGGGCUCCGCGAGCGCCCUUGGAGCGGGAGGCAGAAGCGGAGUGGAGCGCAGUGAUUUCCCGCAGCCGGCCGCGGAGGCAAGGGGCGCUUCCGAGGCUGGAAAAGGGAAUCGAGCGGGCCGUGACAGCCCCGAAAUGCUCGUCAGGACACCAGCAAACCAUAGGACAUGCCGGCUGGGUAGCGGCUCCGCUUCGGCCCGAGCGCCCUUUCCAAGCGGAAAACAGGGAUAACGCUUUAUUCCGGCUGGAAAAAACACAGGUGCGGGUAGCGCCCCCGGCCAGGCGCUCAUUUUCCUUAAAGGUUUCCCAAAUGUAGCUGUCGGCACCCGGCGAUCCGCUCAGCCGGAGCCCGGCGAGCGCUUAGAGCGGGCAAGCACCGGGAAGCGGCUCCGGUUUCGGGAAGCCGGCCCUGGCCGGCACCGUGGCGAUUUGCCCUUCUCCGCUACUUCUUCCCGCCCGGGGGGGCCGGGGGGGCUGUUCAUACACUGGAAAUUGGCCGGUUUGUCUGCUUUGGGGUUCGUUGCUUGCUUUUUUUUGGGGCGGCGUUUCCGGGCUGGUUCCUUUGCGCGGGGCGAGCGUCACCUCGGCGGGUGCUCGCGGCACUCGGAUUUUAGUUUUGGCUUUUUUGUGCCGCCGCUUCCCCGUGUUUUUUGCGGCUCGCUCUUGCUGGCUUGUUCGCCGGCCCGCUGGCUUUUUUUUAGGGGAAUUGCCCAAAGGGGCCGUUUCGCAGUUCAGGGGUAUUUUGUGCGCAGAGCAAGCGGGUGCAUCCAGCCUUGUUGCUCCCUCCCUCGCCGCCCGUGCCGGUGCAAAGCCGCGCGCGUGCCAAGCCUAGCUCCGAUCUAUUUCCACGCUGCUACCAUCCAGGUCCGCACGCGUCGCUCCGGAAAAACAGCAAAGCAGGGCAAAAAUCCGCAGAUACCUAAAUUCUCCAAUGAUUUCACUCUCCAUUGCCCGAGCCCCCCAAGCAGCAUCUCCCCCAAGAGCAUCUCCCCUGGCUUCUCGGCGCGCUCCGCUCGCUGGUGGGGUCUACGUAACCUCGGUCGAGCUUGUCUACAUUCCAAAGAGGUUUUUAAAGAGAUGAGAAAUCUAUGUAUACGUAUAUGUUAUAACGGAAUAUCUCCAGGAAUUAACUGCCUCAGUGUUAAAAAAAAAAAAAAAAUUAAUGUCUUUUUGUUCUGUUCUGUUUUUACACAUGGGAUUUUUUUUUUAAGCUGAUAAACAUAGAAGAGAAAAAAAAAGAGAUUGUUAUAUUGUGCUGUUCGACUAUUUUCCAACUUGUAUUUUCAUAUAAUUUAUAUUUUUUAAAAGUGGAAAAAAAUUUUAAAAGCGAGAUUACAAAAAAAGGAAAAAGCAGGUGCUUUUUAAAAAAACUGAGCUGAGGUAGCUUAGAGAUGUAGCGAUGUGUGUGUGUGUCCGUGUGUUGUGUUUGUUUUUUUUUUUAAAGAAUACAAAAAAAGUCCCUCCUACAUCGAAUCCUUAAAGAAGGAGGGGGUCGGUCUUGUUUUAAUUGCUGAUGCUGGCACAUCAUUUUGCUGGAGAGUUUUUUAUAUACUGUAGCCUUAUUUCAUAUCGUAUUUUAAACCAUGUGAAAUUAAAAGAAGAAUAAUUCAUA